CGGAAGGAUAAACCCAGCUCCAGCAGCGAGCCGACAGCGCAGGCGGUCAGUUCUUUUUGCGUCGCACGUCUGCAGGCUGGCUUCAGAAGAACCUCAGAGCGAAGAACCAAUCGGAACGGCCCGAACGCCGACUCUCGAAAUGAGCACUGAAGUCACUGCGGGAACUCCGGCUCAAACGCCCGACGACUGCGGCCCCGAGACGCCCGACCGUUAUCAACCCGCAUUCCUUGUGGAAUGCAGCACCGGGGACACAACUGGACAAGAGAGUAGCAAGUCCGUCGAUGACGUCGACGUCGUUAGCAAGAGCGCACCCGGUUGGCGUCGUGCCGUCGGCGCUCUACUGGUCGUCAGGCUCGAGAUAUACCUGGCGCUCUACGUGGUAGCGCGAAAGAUGAGCACCACAGUCGUCCAGGACUUGCUCCUCCAGAAGUCCUGCCUCAACACGCUCGCCCUCAACUCCAGCGUCUGCUCCCAUCUGGACGACUUCGAGGACGUCAAGGACGAGGCCGAACAGUACGCCAGCACGACGAGCAUGAUGCGCGCCGUCGUGCUCCUGGCACCUUCGGCGGUCAUGGCCAUAUUCGUCGGGCCAUGGUGUGACAAGUACGGCUACCGGACUCCGCUGGUGACCGCCAUGGUGGGUUUCAUGGCCAGCACGCUGCUGGACAUCUUCACCGUGUACCACAUGGCGAUGCCGCUCUACGCGAACAUCCUGUCCAUGAUUCCGGACGGACUGUGCGGAGGGCCCAUCAGCAUCUUCACGGCCGUCUGCAGCGCGGCAACUUUGUCGACGAGGGAGAACCGCAGGCGCAUGAGGUUCUUCGCGCUCAGCAUAGCAAUGUCGCUGGGCGGUCCCCUGGGCAGCUACGUCGGCGGCCAGGUGUACGGCCACUUCGGCUGGAUGCCCGUGCUGUACACGUCUUUCGCGCUUGAGUCGUUCGCGCUCGUAUGGACCUUCGUUGCCAUCAAGAACCUCGCGAAACCGGAGCACGUGAAGGACGGGCUGUCGCUAAGGCUGAAGAAUUUCUUCCAGCUGCAGAACCUGACCGAGAGCUUUAGAAACGCGAUGAAGGCCAGGCCCAACAAGGGAAGGCUGCAGCUGUGGUGUCUCUUCGGGGUCACCGCCUGCGCCAUAUUUGACAUGUCGUCCUCGGGAAUCGCGUACUUUUACGUGCGCAAAAUGUACUCCUGGACGGUGGCCUACUACUCGACGGUGCAGUCCGUGUCCACCGUGGUGGGCGUGGUCCUGAACGUGCCCAUCGUCUUCCUCUUCGUGAAGGUCCUCAAGAUCAGCGACCCCGCCAUGGCGCUCGUCGGCUGCUGCUUCGCGGCUGCGCAGAUGGUCAUACUGGGGCUCGCCUACGAAGAAUGGAUGUACUACCUGCAAUGCCUCGUGGGACUUCCCACUUUCCUCGGCCAGGUGGGCGUGAGGACCCAUCUCUCCAAGCUCGUGGCGCCUGACGAAGUCGGCAAGGUGUUCUCGCUAAUGGCCUCGUUCGAAUCCGUGGUACCAAUCAUCGGCGAGGUGCUGCUCACCACUAUAUUCAACCAGUCCAUCGGAUUUUUGCCGGGAAUGCCUUAUCUGGUGGCCGCCGGAAUCAGUUGCAUCGCCGUCGGCCUCACUGCGUACGUCACCAAAGUUCACCGGUACAGCAUAAAGUACCAGGACAUGUCCAAUUCAGAGAUAUCCUCUGGGCCGAUCAACGACUGAAGCAUCAGCCAACCUGCGCACUGACGGACAACUCCAGACAAAUGCACACAGGCGCUUGGCAGCAACUAGCAUUAAGUGUGCACGCUCUUGCAGUGUUCCUUGGUUGCCUUCUUUUGGCAAACCAAAAGGACUUGAGCGAUGGCCUCCACAUGAACUACCACAUCAGCAGGCGCAUUACUGACACUGACCCUUGAGGCUCGCAUAUACUGCUGCCCUGUGGAGAUAGCUAUCCAAUUCUUUUACAAGGGCCUUUGCACUUACAAGCCAUGAUUUCAAACCUAUUGUGAAGGCUGCCCAAGGGCUAUGGGCUGGGCUAGUGUCCUUUACCUCCUUCAGUAGGCAAUACAGCUUUUAGAAGCUUCUUUCAUUAAUUUACAGAAACUCUCCUUCUAUCUAUAGAUAGAAAGAUAGAAUUUAUUGACAGGAAGAUAGAGAGGUCGACCUGAGCUAGUGCGCUCUAGUCUGCUCCUCUGCACUAAGGAAGAGGGAAGGGGAGUGAAAGUACAGGGAUGGAUGAUGAUAAGAGAAGUGGCGAGUGCUUAUGUAUAUUAGACAGUGGCCCCACUAGAGUCGCUCAUCUAGCUUGGUGUCCUGCACAAACUUAAACAGCACUUUAGUUGCCCACAUUGAAGUUGCAGUAUCAGGAGAUGGGCCGAGGAUAGCAUCCUCCGACAGUGGUUUCCUGCCAGCAUAGGCAAGGGAACUUUCGAACGUCCUUUGCUCCAGCUUAUAUGCUGGGUAAUCGCACAAUACGUGUUCCAGCGUUUCAGGCCUCUGGCAGUGUUCACAAUCAGGGCUGUUCGACUGGCCGAUGAGCCGUCACAUCCCCGUGAGUAGCGACGGACGAAAGCAAUGCCCAGUUGAAUCCUGUGUAGCAAUAACAUUUUGCUCUGCGUAACCUUGGGGGGCAAACAGAAUUUACCGUCCGGGUUGAUCAUAUUGUUGUGUGUGGAAAGACACAGACAGAAGAGGCUAUUUACAGGCUAUUUACACUGGAGCCAGGCAGCCAGGCUGACACUUGCUCGCGCCAAGCGCACCGACCAACUUCAUCGUUGUUCUCGCGGCGGCUCUUCUCUUGAGCGCCGCUCGAUGAUAUUGUAAUAAUAUGUAGGCAUCUGUGUAUGUUGUCAUCGUGGCCUCUGCAUGCCAUUGUAGGGUCCUGCAUGAGUGCCUUGAUCAUACAGUUGGUGUCAGGUCGUGAGUACGCAAUCCGUACUUAAUCAGAGGAAGAGAAUACUGAUCUUGCCUCAAUGUCAGCGAGUUCAUUGCCAGUCACACCACAAUGACUAGGCACCCAUCGAAAAAUGAUGACAUGGCCACCUAACUCGGCACUGUGAUGAAGUUCAGCAAUUUCCAGCACGAGCACAUAAUAUGGUCCUUUCUUUUAGAACAAUUUUAGCGCCUGUAGCGCUGAUUUGGCAUCUCAGAACACUGUCCAUUUAUGAGGUGUCUGCGUUCUCAUAAAAUGGACAGCCUCCCGUAUUGCCCUAAGUUCAGCAGCCGUAGAUGUUUAUUUGCAUAGUCGUAAUGCAUAGUCCAUAUAGACAAUGUCUUCGAACUUCCUGUAAUUUAAAGUGUCUAUAGACAGCAUACUACUGUGCAAUAUGCUUGUUGCUUUACCUUAUUUUGAUGUGAUAGUGUAGAUAUAUUGUCUAUAGGUACUGUAUAUACAAAUGAAGAAAUCUAAUGGGGACAAAAACUAGUCAGUAAAAAUGCUUAUGCAGACAGUAUAAGUCUAAUGGGCACCCACAGUGCAUUUGCUUAAGGUGCGCAUGAAUCAUUUAACUAGAGCCUAAACACACCAGGAACCCACCAGAGAGGCCCAAAUAGGCCCCUUGUUCAGUCAGGACUAACAAAGGUUCCUUGCUCCUUCUCCUACAGCAAGGUUUGGGCAAUACCCUCCUUAGCAGACUUUGAACAGAUUAAAAAGACAAGAUUAUCUGCACAUAACACUUUUGCACAUGUAUCACCGCUAGUCUCUAUCAGCACAAAUAACUAGGAAAGAAUAGAGAACUGUAGCACUGAUUAUCAACUGAGGUUUAAUGUUCGCCCUACUGAAGGCACCCACAUAAAUACAAACAUUAUUUCUGCAGAAGCGAACAGUUAACUCCAGUUGGCUGUCAGCACUUUGCCCAGCAUAUUCUCUCCCCUAUCAUCUCAUCUUCUGCACUGCAAGCACACAGAUAUGAACUGCUGACUCACCCAUCACUAUGUCAAUAUUAUUCUUUUAUGUUUUCAACUGCAAACUUGCUGUUAUGCUGACAGGGACAAGUAGACAAUACUAUGCAAUAUUCAUACAGGUCAGAGCAGUUGGCCCAUAACCACCUUUUGACAGAUUCCAGUUUACAUUAGCACUUUUGUGCACUUUUUUGAUAGUGUACAGCAAUUGUGGCCAGUGAAUUUAUCGAUGAACAAUCAAAUUCAAUGUGUUUGAUUCUGAUUGUGAACAUAUACACCACCAUGUUUUUAGUAGACAAUGAUUUUACUUCACUGUUAACAUUAACGCCCAUUAAUUGCAAGCACCACUGCAACAAUUUAUUAAAAUUCAGUCAAGUAAACUGUGAAAUCGCCUUAUUGUUAAAAUACUUGCAUUACCAGGCUUUCACCAAGCAGUAUGUUUGUUUUAACCAAAGCACUUGCUGACUCCACCUUUUUUUUUUACCCUCUAGAUUCUGAAAUAUUUUACCACUUGAUAUGUGCAUAUCGAAAUUGCACUAACUGAAAAAAAAAGAGGGAAAUUUCAUGCUCAGAUUGUACUUACUAUUUAUUUCACUCUCUUUUUAUGUUUUGUGCAAACCAGACAAUAAAUAUUUAUGAAUACUG